UCCCGUGCUCCUCCUCAGCUUCUGUGGGGCUCGCUCUCCACAGUCCUUCUCCAACUGCCUUCCUUUUCCUUUCACUCAAAGGAGCCCAGACACCCUCCAGAGAUGCUGCAGCUGCUGCUGACCCUGCUAUGGGCCGGGUCCCUGGCCGAAGAUGAGGACCACUGGCUGACAGUACAGAGGUCUGUAAUGGUGCAAGAGGCCCUGUGUGUCUUUGUGCCCUGCACUGUCACCUAUCGCCAGCACUACUGGACUGACUCAACCCCAGCUCACGGCUACUGGUUUCAGAAAGGAGCCAAUGAAUUCCAGGAUCCACCAGUGGCCACCAACAACCAAGAUCGGAAAGUGCAAGGCGAAAAGCAGGGCCGAUUCCACCUCCUUGGGGACCCAAGGAACUACAGCUGUUCCUUGGACAUCACAGAUGCACGGAGAAGGGACACAGGGACAUACUUCUUUAGGGUGGAGAGAGGGCAUUAUGAGACAUAUAGUUAUAAAGAGAACCAGCUCUAUGUACAUGUGACGGCUCUGUCACAGACACCGGACAUCUACUUCCAGGGGUUCCUGGAAUCAGGGCACCCCAAGAACAUUACCUGUGCUCUUCCAUGGGCCUGUGAGAGAGGGACACGUCCAGAAUUCUACUGGAUUGGGGGCAAUGUCACCAUUCUGGGUUCCAGGACCUUCAGCUCCUCAGUGGUCACCCUCACACCAAGGCCUGACGACCACGGCACCAAACUCACCUGUCGAGUGACCUUCCCUGGGGCUGAUGUGAGCACCGAGACGACCAUCCAGCUCACUGUGUAUGCUCCACAGAACCUGACUGUUCAUGUCUUCUGGGGAAACAGCACAGUCCCAGAGGUCCUGGGCAAUGCCACCUCCCUGCAAGUCCAGGAGGGCCAGUCCCUGCGCUUGGUCUGUGAGACAGAUGGCAACCCCCCAGGGAGGCUGAGCUGGUGGCGGGGGAGCCUGACUCUCAGCCCUUCCAAGCCCUUGGAGCCAGGGGUCCUGGAGCUGCCCCAGGUGGUCGUGACAGAUGCAGGGGAGUUCACCUGUAAAGCUCACCACCCACGGAUCUCCUACCACAUCUCCCUGAACCUAGUGGUGCAGGGACUCAGGGCAGGGGUGGUACUCGUGGCCAUCACAGAAGCAGCUGUCAAGACCCUGGUCCUUCUCCUCUGCCUCAUCAUCCUCAUAGUGAGGAUCUGCAUGAGGAAGUCGUCCCAGACUGUAGAAAAUGUGGAGGAUGAGAAUAUCAUCCUAGGCUGGCCCCACAGACCUCCAGACUGUGGUUCCAGAGACUGUCCACUACCAGCAAAGUACAAACACUGAUGGCUCCUCUCCAUGACCAGAGACCCAGGUGGAAAUACACAGGCUGGAUCUGAAGACUUGGCAUGGUCCAUCCCCAGCUGAAUGCUGCACAAGAUUCUACCAUGUCUGUGAAUGUCACACCAUGUCCACACCCAGCUGGACCAGGGCCUUGGUGACUCUGAGACUUUGCAUGUGCAGUUUCUUGGGCUGAAAUGCUCUUCCUUCCCCAUUCCUACUUUUUCAAGUCCUGAUUCUCCCUCACUGUGAGUCAUGCCACUGUGUGUUUCAUUGUACAUUUAUGAGCAGAGUGGCAUUCACUCAUUUAUUCAAGACACAUUUAGGAAGCAUCACUGAACACCUAGUAUGUACUAGCAUUGUUGUAGAUCCCAGAGAUGCAUUGGGAAACACAACUUCAAGAAUAUCCACCAUCGAAACAACAUGAAAAGAAACUCCUGCAAGCAAGGUAUAAAAAUGAGCAACAAACACAUGAAAAAAAAAAAAGGUCACCAACAUUAGUUAUCAGAGAAGUGCCACUGAAAUCAACAAUUAAAUAUCAUUGCACAGGCAUUAGGACCUAUGUUCUAUAUUUCAAAGAAUGGGAAGUUAGUUUUGGCCAAGAUGGAGACUAACUGGAACCUUUGCUCAUUGCUUGUAUGAGCAAAAUUGGUGCAAGUUCUUCUACUUCAUAGUUCAUGUCUGUGUUAUUCAAAGUAGCUGUGGAACCCACUGUAGGGUCCAUCCUCAGAAGAACGGAUGAACCAAAGGAGGUAUAUACAUACAAUGUAACAUCCUUCAGCCUUAAGGAGGACCAAAUAAAUUUUGACACCUGCUCCAACAUGAAUGAACCCUUGAAAACAACAUAAUAAAUGAAAGAAGCCAGAGUCAGAAGGACAAAUAUAUGACCUGCUCAUAUGAGCUGAAGUAGGCAAAUUCAUUGAGAUUGGUAGUUGCUCAGAUCGAGGGUGCAGGGAAUGGAGGUUAUUGUGUAACUGUACAAAUCCUGGAAAUAGACAGUGGUGAUGGUUGCACAACAUUUUGAAUGUAACUAGUGUCACUGAAUUAUAUCUUAUAAAAUUUUAAAACUGGAAUGUUUUAUUUUUUGGAUAUUUUUACCACAAUAAAAAAAAGAGACUGAGAAGCUCUUA